GCUCUGCUUUUUGUUGUGUAUAUAACAACAAGAAAGAAGAAGCCCUCUUCCUCGUGACCUCGCCCGCAAGGCCGCAGCUACACAUUCCACCACCUCCUCUUCUUCUUCUUCCUCAUCUACUUCUUCGUUGAGGGGAAGAGACAGCUGCCCCUCAAAGGCACGAGCUUGGGUUCGGCCGGAGCUUCUCCACUCCUCCUCUUCGGCGCCGCCGGAGCGGAAGGGGAAUUCGGUGAAAGGAAACAACAACUCAAAACCCGGGAAUGCUGAAAGAUGUGCUUGGAUAGAAGAAACUUCUGCCGCGCAAUAGAGGAGAUUGACGCCGCUCAGCCGUUGCUGACUUCAUCAGCUUUUCAUGUGAGCAACCAUCUUGUUGGCAUCGUCUCUCUAUCUAGACUCCGCCGCGACAAGGCCAUGCGAUCGCUCUUCACCGUCGCGGACCAAGAUUACCUUGGGGAGGAUGGCUGAGGUGUUGCAGUCCAUGUGAAUUAUAGCCGUACAAUAAUAUAGGCUGUGGCUUCAUACUGUUGGAAGACAUGGAGAGCAGAGGGAAGAUUCUGAUGGAGCGGUACGAGCUGGGGAGGUUGUUGGGGCAAGGAACAUUUGGGAAGGUGCACUAUGCCAGGAGCCUCGAGUCGAACCAGAGUGUUGCCAUAAAGAUGCUGGAAAAGGAGAAGAUGCUCAGUGCCGGGCUCUCGGAGCAGAUCAGGCGUGAGGUCACAACCAUGCGGUUGGUGGCGCACAAGAACGUUGUCCAGCUUCAUGAGGUCAUGGCGACAAGGAACAAGAUCUACUUUGUCAUGGAGUAUAUGAAAGGCGGCGAGCUCUUUGACAAGGUUGAAAAGGGCGGCAAGCUCACAGAGGUUGCUGCACACAAGUACUUCCACCAGCUCAUUGCUGCAGUGGAUUACUGUCACAGCCGAGGCGUGUAUCACCGGGACUUGAAGCCUGAGAACCUUCUCCUGGAUGACAAUGAGAACCUGAAGGUCUCAGAUUUUGGGCUGAGUGCCCUCUCAGAGUCAAAGAGGCUAGACGGCUUGCUCCACACCACCUGUGGAACACCCGCAUAUGUAGCUCCAGAGGUGAUCAGCAAGAGAGGCUAUGAUGGUGCAAAAUCUGAUAUCUGGUCUUGUGGUGUUAUCCUAUUUGUACUUGUUGCUGGUUACCUCCCUUUUGAAGCUCCCAACUUGAUGGACAUGUAUCGGAAGAUCGAGCAAGGCCAAUUCAAGUGCCCAAGCUGGCUCUCGCAGAAACUCCAGAAGCUUUUGUACAAGAUCCUUGAUCCCAAUCCAAGCACUAGGGCUUCCAUCCAGAAGAUAAAAGAGUCUAGCUGGUUCCGGAAAGGUCCAGUGGGCACUCUUACAGUGAAGGGGAGAACUCCCAGCGAAAAUGCCACCGCAAGUGCUGCUCCUACAGCUGGUGUGAGGCGCAGCAGGAAGAAAGCUGAUGGAGAUGCGACGCCCCUGGCGGUUACAAACUUGAACGCCUUCGAGAUCAUAUCCUUCUCCACUGGUUUUGAUCUCUCAGGCCUAUUCAUUGAAGAGGAGUGCAGAAAGGAGGCAAGGUUCACCUCAGACAAGCCUGCUGCAGCCAUCAUCUCGAAGCUGGAAUGCGUUGCGAAGGCACUGAGUCUCAGGGUAAGGAAGAAGGACAAUGGUGUGGUCAAGAUGCAGGCAAGGAAGGAGGGGAGGAACGGUGUUGUCCAGUUCAACGCAGAGAUCUUUGAGAUCACGGCUUCCUACCAUCUCAUUGAGAUGAAACAGACAAGUGGCGAUCCGCUGGAGUACCGGGGACUAUUGGAGGACAUCCGGCCAGCAUUGAAGGACAUAGUCCGGUCCUGGCAUGGAGAUGACAAGCAGCAGCAAGAGUAGGCUUAGUCUUGAGCAUUUAGUUUUUCUUCUGCACAUGCAUUCGGUUUUCAUCUAGAAUUAUUCUGUUUACAUGCUUAUGUUCUUUGUAGAAACUAUGUAUCUCUUUUGAAGGUUAAUUGGUGAGGCAUUGUUGAGAAGUUGAGUUGCACAAUAAAAGUUAUUUAUGUUCAGUUGCUCUCA